UUUGUCACUCCAAUUUUAGCUAUCCAUUAAUCCCAUUCCCACUACAUUUCUUAUUUCAAAGAUGACACUCCUCCUCUCAUUACCUCCGCCUUCUUCGCAUUGUUUUUCCUCUUCAUUCUCUUCCGGCCACCGGUCCUCUGCCGUCGUUACCACCGGCCUCCCUAUCCGUUUCCCUGCGGUCGCGGCUGCCACCACCACUCACCAUCAUCAACAGUCCCUUCCUAUUGACAGGUCUUCGCUCGCUGUUGCUGAAGCGGUGGAGGAGGACCAGCUUUGGGCUGCUGCUUGCCUCCGCAUUCGCUCAUUCAAUGACUUUCAGUCUUCCUCCUUUGGCAUCCAAGAUCAUAAAAGGUACUUGGCUGAACGUGAAUUUUUGGCGCUAAAGGAAAGAAUUGCUGGGAAGAGGGAAGGCUUUAAGAGAGUAUCUUGCAUAAACGCUACACUUCCUUUGUCACAAUUAUCAAACUCUGCUAAUGAUUUAUGUGCUUCAUGUAAGUUUACUUCCAACGGAGAGGAUAGAGUUGUUGUUGGAACCCUUGAUCUUAACCAAUGUCUUUGGCUUCCAGAAGAAAUACCUGGAAGGAAACCAGAGGGGAUUGAAGCUGAAUAUGGAAGAGCAUACCUAAGCAACGUAUGUGUAGCUAGGGAACUGCACAGAAAUGGCUUAGGUUAUGACAUUGUCUCGAAAUCAAAGACAGUAGCUGGAGAAUGGGGCAUAACUGAUCUAUACGUACACGUUGCCGUCGACAACGAGCCUGCAAAGAAUCUGUACUUGAAAAGUGGUUUUAUUCAUGAAAAUGAUGAGCCGGCUUGGCAAGCUAGAUUUCUGGAUAGGCCCCGAAGGAUUCUCUUAUGGAUUGGUGUUCCUUGCACUAAUGAGUUGUAAUGAUAUAGACAACCAUUGUGCUUGCUGUUGUUUGAUAGUGCAAAUUGGGAUUCCAUACAUGUUUAUAUCAUCUGGAAAAGUAUCCCAUUUCAAAAUGUAAUAUAAUGUAAAUGCAGCUAACUGAACUUAGUUAAUUAUCUGGAGCCGAUCUGCAAUAUUAUCAAAAAUUGGAAAUGCCCAUUUCACGGCUCCCGACAUGAACAAAUAUAA